UCUACCGCUAUGUAAUAUUUAUUUGAGUUGUUUAGGGAGGUGCACCGGGGAUUUCAUUAACCUCCGUUUCUUACCGGACCGGGAAUAAGAUUGGGAUCCUUGUGAUAUAAUGUUCAGGAGUCCACAGAUUCUGGCCUUGACAUGCCCUGUCAGGACCCACAGACCCCUGCAGCUGUCUGGCAGAGACCCCAACGUUCCUGCCCUACCUGAGCUCGCCUGUCAGAGGUGGCCUGGACCCAAAACAGGGAGAAGUCUCUGUCAGGGGGAUGGAGGGGAGGAGGCAGUAUCCCUCUCUUCAGCCAUUUCUUCACAACUUGUUCGCAGAGGCACCUCCUGUUGUGGGAGUUGUCUCCUAAAUGCUGCACCUCAACACACAGCCAACCGUCCUCAAUUGUCUCAGGACUCUAGCUUUGUUUCUUUGAAACGUACACCACGACUGCCGGUGCUUGUAGCAUGUGACCCUUGGAAAACCACUUUAUUGGAACAUUUGGGCAAUUCUAAAGUCCCUGAAUGUUUUAGUGACCUCAAGUGCCUUCUACAAAGGAGGCAAACUGACAAUGGUAGCCAAUGUUUAUCUGCUGAGGAGAAGGUGAACGUCACAUUCAGUGUUAAAAGUAAUAGUUACAGUCCUGUUCAAAGUGGCAAGGACAUUUUUCACAGACUGCUUGCGUCCACACCCAAACUGUGGACUGUGGAUCCCCAGAGAAGCCUUUCACUCCAGAGCCGCGGCCUGCACCAGGCAACUGCCUCCUGCCCAGUGGGUGCUCUGAGGGAGUGCCUUUCAUUGGUGAACGAGGCACGUUGCCGUCAGAGCCUGGGGCCUAACGUGGCUCUUUAUGAGAAGGACGUCUGGGGGAAGAGGGGGUCCAGUGAGGCCCAGGGGAAGUGGGCAUCCGUGCUGGUCUCUCUUUGCUCUGUGGAGGGAGAGCCCGCCUUCCUCUUCACCCUCAGAUCCACAGCUCUGAAGGGCAGACACAAGGGUGAUGUCAGUUUUGCAGGGGGCAAGCGUGACCCCUCGGACAAGGACGUUGUGGACACCGCCCUGCGAGAAGCUGGUGAGGAACUGGGUGUCACUGUGGCAACAAACCAAGUUUGGGGCGUGCUGAAACCACUCAGGGAUAUGUCUGGAAUGAUGAUAGCCCCUGUACUGGCCAACCUCGGGCCCCUGGAGGCGCUGUCGUUCAAGCCAAAUCCUGCCGAGGUAGAAGAGAUCUUCACCCUGUCGGUCUCCCACGUAUGCAGCCCACAGAAUCGGGGAUACACCAACUUCCGUACCGGUGAGCGAUAUGGAUACACCUUGCCUGUGAUCCGCAACGGGAAGCACCGCGUGUGGGGACUCACUGCCGUAGCCCUCGAACACACGCUCAAACUCAUCAUGCCACCAUGACAACCAAUCAUGCCAGCCAUCAAUACUGUUUUUUUUUUUGUAAAGUAUUUGUGAUGAUAGAAUAAUUAAUUAUUUGUUUCAUAUGUAAAAUCAUUGGGGGUUAGAGCUCAAUUGAUGACUUCUUAUAGUCAAUGUAUCCCUUAUAACCAACAGUACAUGUCAGAAGUGAUAUAUUGAAUAUAUGAGAUAUCAGGUAGGGUCAUGUAAGGAACAAUCACCUUCCAUGUCAAAGCCACUGGAUUGUAAUAUCACUGUAUUUUAUAAUACUGACAUAAUAAUCUGCAGUACUCCCUCAGUCAUUCACUAACCUUAUGAAAGCAACUCGCAGUGUUUCGGGUGUGUCAGAAAAUGUUUGCUGAUUCUAUCCUUUUUUUAAAUGUUAUUUCCAUAGACUUCUGGACAAGAUCAAUUGUUAUUUUAUGACAUACAGACAGAAAUAAAUAUAUUGCAACAAAUGUGCAUUUGAUGUACAACA